AUGGGCAAACCGAUUGUUCUUCAGUUGGGUGACGAUAUUCGCUGGAAUCAUGAAUUAUAUGCCAAGUUUAAGGAUCAUUUUGAGAUUCGUCGAUCAUACAGCAUGUCGCGUCCGGAGUUCAUUCAAGCCCUGAAGGAGAAAAAAGUUCGUGCUGGUGCUGGCUUUGACUGGGUUGAUACCGCUUGCUUGGCCAAGAAGGGGAUUGUGUAUUGCAACGCUGCUGCGGCUUGUACUGAAUCAGUAGCUGAUGCCGCUCUCUGGCUAAUCAUUUCCACAUUCCGAUUGUUUUCUUGGUCGGCCAUGGCUGCACGCUCACUUGAUGCUGACCAGUUUGUGGAUGCAAACCGCAACCUGGCCCCUGUUUCACAUAACCCCAAGGGUCACACGCUCGGCAUCAUUGGCUUUGGUCAGAUUGGCCGUCGAACCGCAGAGAAGGCCUAUCUAGCUCUGAACAUGAAGAUUCUCUAUCACGAUAUUGUCCAGAUGCCCCGAAAUCUGGAACAGGUAUCUCAAGCCAUUUUUCAUAGGAACAUGGAUACUCUCUUGGCUGAGUCAGACUGUGUGGUUGUGGCCACUCCAUUCAGCGGAGAAACUUUACUCAACGCAUCUUUAUUGUCUAAAAUGAAACGUGGCUCACGAAUUGUUAACAUUGCACGUGGAAAACUACUUGAUGAAGCUGCUUUGGUUGAUGCGCUCAAGAAGGGCCAGCUUUCUGCUGCUGGACUAGAUGUGCACUAUAGCGAGCCCCAUGUUAAUCGUGAGCUCGCUCAAAUGAAGAAUGUCGAGAUUAUGUCUCAUAAUGCCGGUGCCUCAUUGGACUCUCACAUUGGAUUCGAGCGUCUCGGUAUGGAGAACAUCAUCUCGUUCCAUCAAAAUGGUAAGGCCAUUACUCCUGUUAAUCAGAAUUUGGUGUUCAAGGUAUUGAACUCUAAGCUUUGA